GUUUGAAGUUGUGGAUACUAAUAAAAGACAUCAUUCAUGUUAGAGUCUUCCUAAAAUUUCCCAUUGGAGGAUACACAAAUUCUGACAAUUUGUGUCAGCUUAGUCCUGAAACACCCUUUUCCCCCUAUCAAUUUCCUUCAAAAUCCUGCAGUAUAAGAAGUUGUACAGAUACUAAAAGCACCAUUAAUGGUGAGUCAAGAAAGUCAAUCUUAAGAAUUUUCCCCAUUUUGAAGAAGCACAUGUUCUGACAAAAAGACUUAAGUCUUGAAUUUCAUUAUUUUUUCAAACACUUUUCUGUAAGGAUUCUUGAGUUAAUGGAACUGAUACCUUACUCAGACCCAAAGUCUGAAUCAAGCUGUGUUAAUCCACCUUGGGAAGAUAUGUUUAGAUCAGCCUCAAUGAGGAAACCAGAAGAACCAAAACCACAGAACCAGCCACCUUCUGAACCUCAGCCAACAAACCCCACAAAGGAAAAUAACUCAACAGAUGAGAAUUCUUUGUCUUCUGAUCCUCAGGUACGUUUAGCCCUUUACAUAGCUAUGGCUCAUGCUGGACUUGUAUUCACAAUUUUCAUUAUUUAUGGAGUUGGUAAAUUGCUUGAAGAAUAUUUGAGAGCUAUGUUAUGGGCUGUACUAUGUUCAAUUCCUUUAAGGGGAAUUCAGCAAACCCUUGUUGCAUUUUGGUCUGAACCUUUAAAGUUAGGCCUUACUGAGACCAUUUUGGCUGUUCCUGUGGCUGUUUUUAGAGUCUUUCUUGGGACCCUUGUUGAUAUUAAGGAUAAGAUUUUCAGGGUUGUUCUUAGGAGACCUAAAGUUAACGCGUCGAGGCGUCAUACUAGUGGAUUUUUCAUUUUGUUGAAGUGGCUUGUGUCUUUUUGGGUGUUUGUGAUUGCUUAUGAGCAGAUUGGUGGAAUGGGGUCAGUUGCUCUUCUUGCGUUGGGAUUUAUGUUUACGGCUAACAGUGUGGAUUCCACUAUGAAUGCAGUAACAUCUUUUAGAAGUCAUAGCUUUCGUAGAUUCCCCAUCACUGCUUUCUUUACUAGAGGGAUAUUGAAAAAAUUGAAGACUAUCGUGGCGAUUGGUUUGAUUGUUGGAUUGAGUGUGGGUUCUUUGGCAGGUAUGAUUUUCUUCUCUUAUAAAAUUGGUGUUGAGGGGAAAGAUGCAGUUAUUGCAUUGAAAUCCCACGUAGAGGAAAGUAAUUAUGCUGAGAAAAUUGGUGUUAAGCAAUGGAUGGAUGAAAAUGAUGUCCCGGGGAUGGUGGAUAAGUACACCUCUCAAAUGUACGAGACAGUAUUUACCCAAAUAGAUAGCUAUGCUAUGCAAUAUAAUAUGACAGAGUUUGUUUCUGGAAUAAAACAUUUUGUAAUAGCCCCUGCAAACAACUCAUUUAAUCACUCCACCGCUUUGGCAUCCCCUUCUCCAUAUGCAGAGAAAUUCUUAAGCAUAAAAAGAAGGAUUAAGGAUCGAGAAUGGGCACAGAUAUAUACAGAAGUGGAUGUUAUGUUCAGGGAACUGCUGAUCACUAGAGAGGACUUGGUUGAGAAGGCUAAGGGGUUUGCUCUUCAAGGAGUAAAUGUAAUGCAACGGAUACUUGUUAGUAGCACAUCCGUCUUAGGUGGAAGCAUGAAAGUCGUGUUCUUGAUUGGGAAUUCCAUAGUUUCAGGUGCUGCUGGUCUUUUUAAUUUUGUAUCUCAGCUAAUGGUAUUCAUAUGGGUACUUUAUUAUCUUAUCACGUCGGAUUCUGGUGGAGUAACAGAACAGGUGAUUAGUAUGCUCCCUAUGUCACAUUCUGCAAAGAGGCGAAGUGUUGAGGUUCUUGACAAAGCUAUUUCUGGGGUUCUUUUAGCAACUGCUGAGAUUGCACUCUUUCAGGGAUGCCUGACUUGGCUCUUGUUCAGAUUAUUCUCCAUACAUUUUUUGUACAUGUCGACAAUCCUUGCAUUUCUUAGUCCUUUGUUUCCUAUUUUCCCGUCACUGUUCUCAACUAUCCCAGCAGCUUUACAGUUGGUGCUUGAAGGUCGAUAUGUAUUGGCCGUCAGCCUAUCCAUUAUACAUCUUGUGCUUAUGGACUAUGGUACAUCCGAAAUUAUGGAGGAUAUCCCUGGCUAUAAUGCGUAUCUCACUGGUCUCAGCAUUAUUGGGGGAAUGACAUUGUUCCCUUCAGCAGUUGAGGGAGCAAUAAUGGGGCCACUGAUGACUACUGUUGUGAUUGCACUUAAAGAUUUGUACGUUGAGUUUGUAUUGGAAGAAAAGAAGGAAUAAGUAGAACAAAAAAUCCAUAUCCUUUGAAGACGUUGAGAAGGGCGCUGCCACUUUGCUUGAUGGAAAUACAUUGCAAUAUAAACUGAAUUCUUUUUUUCUCCCAGUCAUCUGUAUCCCACAUGUGAUAGGCUUUUAUCAUCCGUGUUGUGUUCUCCACAAAUUGGGUUGAGGUUUUUUCUCUGUUGAUAGUGUGCAGAAGUUGCUAGCUCCUUUAAAUAUUUAAUUUGUAUACAAUUGUGUAUCCUCUUUGUAAAACUUUGAAGAGAAAAUUUUUCAGUGUUUCGAAUGCCUUUA